AUGUAUCUGCUUGCUCUAAUCUUGUUGUCCUUGAAUUUUCUGGCAACCCAGAAAAUUCAAGUGCAGCUGGGUUCUCUGUCUAAGUUAAAGAGACUGUACAUUGGGAGAAACAAUCUAACGGGUAGUGUGCCUUUUUCUUUUGGGAAUCUAUCAGCUCCUACUGAAUUUGUCGCAGAAGAAAAUAGUAAUGGUGGUGACAUACCUAAUGAUCUGGGUCAAUUGACAAAAUUGGAAGUUUUUCUGUUGAGGGUUAAUAGGUUGGUUGGUACCAUUCCUGUCUCAAUCUUUAAUCUCUCGUCCAUUACAGAAUUUAAUGUUGUAAUGAACCAAAUUCAAGGGAGCCUUUCCUGGGACCUAGGAAUUACUAUUCCCAAUCUUAGUGUCUUUGAAGUUGGUAUGAACUCGUUUACUAGAUCCAUUCCUAUUUUAAUGUCUAAUGCCACCAAACUACAUCACCUUGGCUUGGCCGGUAAUAAAUUUACUGGAAAAGUUCCUCCUUCGGACUUCCACGGAAAUGGUUUAGGAACUGGGGAAGUUGAUGACUUGAGCUUUCUCCGUUCUUUGACCAAUGCGACAAAUUUGUACGGUCUAGAUCUGAGCAACAACAAUUUUGGAGGAUUGUUGCCUGAAUCAAUUGGCAAUUUAUCCACUCAUCUUAGCAAACUAAUAUUGAGCAACAAUGAAAUAGUUGGGAUCAUCCCAACCGGGAUAGGGAAUUUGAUCAAUUUGCAGAUUCUUGACUUGUCAAACAACAAUUUCACAGGUAACAUUCUUGCGGCUAUUGGAAAGCUUCAAAAGCUAUAG